AUGGCAUCGGUGCUACAAAGGAAACAUUCCCAUCUGAGAGAGCUGGACAUGAGUGACAAUGACCUGCAGGAUGAAGGAGUGGAGCUGCUCUGUGUGGGACUAAGAGAUCCACAGUGCAAGCUGGAGACACUGAGACUCUCUAAUGCUGGUGUCUCAGAUAAAGGAUUAUUUUGUCUGGCUGUCAUUCUGAUGUUAAACCCCUGUAUGAAAGACCUGGAUGUAAGCCGCAAUCAACCUGGGGAAUCAGCACAGGAGCUGUUAUCUGCUACACUAAAGGAUCGCCAACGCGAGAUUUCAGAGCUUCGCAAGCUGAAGAAAUUUAGCAAGAUCAAUAUUAUAAGCCACGGCUGA